CGUAAAAAAUGCACUGCUCUAUGGGAUUUGUUAAAAUUCAAUUUAAUCAAAAUAAAGAGUCUAUAUAUAAGUGGAAUUUUGUCUUGACUUGAAAAUAGGAUAGAAUGUCAAUCGAUUUGCUAUACCUGCUAUACCUAUGCGGUUUUCGGUAUAUCAAAAAAAUUUGAAAGAAUAUUUACAGUUUCUUUAAUUGUUAUUAUCCUGUCGCGUCGGAUCCCCCGAGACCGAAAAAAUAGAAUGUUAAGAAAAACUUGGCGAACAGAAAUAAAAAAUAACUACAUUCCAAUGUCGCGGACUAUUUUUAAACAGAACAGAAGAAACAUGGCGACCGUCCGCAAUUGUCGGGUCGACCUAAAACGUGAAGAAAUCGUUUUAGCGGCCGUCGAAAUACAAUAAUGUGAUGUGAUCGCUGGACAAAAAGUGUUGUUGAAACGUUCUUCAUAUAGUUUAUUUAUUUAUUGUAGUUUAUUAGUGUGCAAUCGGCCAUUUUAUAUCCGCUCGUAGUUUUCGAAAUCGUAGGAAAUUCGUUUAAGCAAAAUGGGAAUUGAAGAAGCAGCCGCUAAUAGCAUUAUGAGCGGGAUCGAGAAUACAGGGGGUGUUAAACAGCACAACCACAAGAAGAAACUUAGACAAAGGUUUGACAUUAUAAAAAAACUGGGUCAGGGAACGUUUGGCAAAGUGCAGCUUGGCAUAAACAAGGAGACCGGCCAAGAGGUGGCCAUUAAAACGAUAAAAAAAUCGAAGAUUGAAUCGGACGCCGAUUUGGUUAGGAUCAGGAGAGAGAUUCAGAUUAUGUCUUCCGUGCAGCAUCCGAACAUUAUCCACAUUUACGAGGUGUUCGAAAACAAAGAAAAAAUGGUCCUUGUUAUGGAGUACGCCGCUGGCGGCGAGCUCUACGACUAUCUGUCCGAGAGGAAGGUGCUUCAGGAAGAAGAGGCCCGAAGAAUAUUCCGACAAAUUUCGACCGCCUGUUAUUAUUGCCACAAGCACAAAAUCUGCCACAGGGAUCUGAAGCUGGAGAAUAUACUACUGGACGAAAACAACAACGCCAAAAUCGCCGAUUUUGGUUUGUCGAACGUGUUCGACGAUCAACGAUUGCUCAAUACGUUCUGCGGGUCGCCAUUGUACGCGUCGCCGGAAAUAGUCAAGGGAACGCCCUACCACGGACCGGAAGUCGAUUGUUGGUCGCUGGGCGUUCUUUUGUACACGUUGGUGUACGGUGCGAUGCCUUUCGACGGCAGCAACUUUAAAAGACUGGUCAAACAGAUAUCCCAGGGCGAUUAUUAUGAACCUUCAACACCCAGUCCCGCGUCGCCCCUCAUUAGGGACAUGCUCACCGUCAACCCCAAAACGAGAUCGAACAUAGAAAAGAUUUGCUCCCACUGGUGGGUAAACGAAACCUACGACGUCAACUGCCUCGAGAUCAGCGAAGAGUUGGCCAAUCAAACUCCCGUGAGACUCGACGUUUUGUUGUCCCUAGCGCCUCCCGCUCCCCAAUUGGAGAGCGAGAAACUCAUGGUGACUGGAGACGUGGCCACGGACACGCCCACCGAAGCGGUAGCACCGACUAGGUCGCAAUCGGUUGGAAGUUUGAUAGAACUGACCUCGCCGGAAAGGCGAAUCAUAGACCUCAUCAGCGAAGAAAAGUUCGCUCCGAAAAGGAAGCUAGAGACGACGGUGAGCACCGACAGAGCUAACCUGGACAAAGGCCUGAAACGCAAGGAAAAGAUUAUCAAAGAAAACACCGUUGCGGAUAUAACAGUUCAUGGGGCUAUCCAGGAAGACGUGUCGCUAGAAGACGCGAGCAUGACCGAGGCCCCGCCCCUAAACAAGAGCCUGACGCAGACUAUCUCCAAGGAGAUGGAGGUCGAACAGGCUGAACCCGUGGUUGCUGCGGAGCCGAUUCCUCAAACGAAGAAUAAGCAACCAGUGGCGUCCAAAGUGAAGAGAACGCUGUCCACCAGCGUUAGUAACAAAGUUUUAGAAGGCAUAAACGAAACUCCUAGUCAAGAGAACGUGGCGACCACGUUGGACAAGGAGAAUCUGGAUCGAGAACAACAACAGAAGACGACCGAGCCGGAAGCCCCGAAGAAGAUGGAAGAGGAGAAGGCGCCGGUGAAGAAGAAAGCGAUCAAGAAGAAGGUGCUGUCUGAUAAAAAUGAAAAUUCGCCGGCUAAGUCGCAAACCAGUCGGGAGGAGGUCGAGAAAGAGGCGGAGAAGAACGAUACACAAGAGAACGGGACGAGUUCGAAGGAGGAGAACGUCGCCAAAGCCGAGGAAUCUGCGCAAGCGCCGUCGAAGCCAAUCGAGAGGAGAAGAUCGAGGAUUUUCGAAGCGGCCGAAAAAUUCCAGAACAUGAUGAGCCCCACGGAAACCAAGCCCGUACCCGUCGAGAAACCCAAGAAAAUUACCAUCCCUGGAGUUAGCGUGGACGGUUUCAAGAAAGAAUUCGAACGGAAAGCGAGCCUGACGUCGUCCGCGGCGCCGAAAUUAAAAACGGCGCCUGUCAAGAAAACGCUGAUCGAUAAACAACAGUCCUCGGAAGACAAAGACGAAGAAACGGCGGAUAAAACGGUUAACGGUGAAUCGUUACCGAAAGUAACCGAGAAGCCGCAGGACGAUCGAAAAGAGAAAGUGAAGAACGCCGUGAGUAUUAUUUCGAAUGCUUUAGAUAAAGAAGGAGCUAGAAAGUCUAAAUCCAGGCCGUGUAUGAUGAGGAAGCCUCCGGUUCCGUUUGGUGUGGGGGGAAGGUCCGCUUCCGGGAAUAUCGGGACGGUCGCUCCCCUCUCGCCGCCCAUUCAAAAUAUGGGGCCCAAGCCGUUUGUUAGGCCGUGCUAUGAAAAUAAACCGGCGCCCAGCGAAGUGAAACAAGUGAAAGAGGAGGAGAUUAAACAGCCAGAGGUCGACGACCAGCAAAUUUCGUCGGCCGAAAUCACCCUGAAAUCAGCAACCCUUCCAAGAAGAAAAACCGCCAAAGCGCACAUACAACUGAACUACCCCGCCCCCAAGCCGGCCCAAAUGGAGUUCCGUACGGAAGUUGCCCAUAACGUCGAAGCCGCCCCCCAGGUGAGGAGCGAAGUGGUGGUACCCGUAAGCGGAGUGCCUACGGCCGGCGGCAGGGCGACGGCAGCGGAACCGGAAUUGAAAUUCUCAAAGGAGCACAUCAUCCCGAUCGCUCUCGAAAGACGAAAAGCGGAAAACGACAAAGAAAGUGUCCAGUCUCCGCCCGCCAAACCUCCGAUGCCAAGACCGUUCCAGACCCAGAAAUCGAGCACUCCACAAAGGGCGGGCAGUUUGUCGCGGCAGUCUACUCAAGAAUCCGACUCGGAGACGACGUCGACCGGCGAGCCGAUCAAAAAAUCCCCCAGGGAGUACAUUAUUCCGAUAGCCGUCGAGGGUGGGGGCUACGUCACACCUCGCGCCGGCAGUUUGGAACCUAGCGAUACCGCUAGUACGAAUAGCACGAUGACGAACAGAAGCAAAACGAAGUUUGGAAGAGCUAGGAGAUUGAAUUCGCUACUAAGCGACAGAGAUUCGGAAGACGAAUCGCCGUUCGUUUCGCUACACAGGCACAGCUCUUUCGGAAAGGAUAGCGACACUGAAGACUCCAAGAAGGACAGUUUCCAUCACAUGCAUAGGCUUAGGAGCACACGUCCCAAAAAAGCUACACUCGAACAUAACGACUCGUUGAGUUCCGGCGAGGAAGAUGACGAUGAAGGCUUUGAAAUUUUAACAGCUGAAAAUUUGUUCUCGACAUUAUUGUCGCGGGUGAGGGACUUGACCCAGAGACUUAACGUGGACGACGAAAUCAGACCGGGCUUCCCCAGCAGGCGACUGCUCAGUCACUUCGAUCACGGCACGAAUUUUUGGAAUCGCAUGGAAAAUCCCCUCACGAGACACUCAUCUCUGAGUAGAACGUUGGGUAGGCCGUCGUCCGUCAAUUCGUCGGCGACCUCUUUCGGCGUGCCUUGGAGACGUAGCGUGAGCAGAGACUUGGCGUCGGACAUAGAAAGCGUGUUCAACGAUCCGAACGCGCCGACGACAAGGGCUCCCCGAGGAGAAAACAUGUCGAAGACCGAAAACCUUAAUUUAGCAGACCUGGACUUGAAAAAGCUGAACCUCUCGGAAGAGGACGCUUUGGCGCUUUCGUGUUUAACCCCGGGCCUCUCGAAGAGGAUCCAAAAACAGCUGCUUGCACAACUAACCCCCUCGGAAGUAAGAAAGCUUCACAGGACGUUAUCGUCGCGCGCGCCAGACGACGUCACGAAACAACCCACCGCGGUAGGCGUGGUCGACCACGCCACCCUGCCCAGAAGACUGUCUGUCGAUCGAAACGUCAACAGGGAAUGCGAGGAAGGCCGCGCAGCCUCCCUCAGGAACCCCCAAAAGUCUUCGUUGCCGGUGAAGGAAUACAGACCGUCUUACGAGUUUAGCGUGAGGUCUUCUAGUAUCGGGGCGGAGCCCAAGGGCGAUUACAAGUUCUCGUAUCGACGACCGCGGAUCGCAAGGUCCGUGAGCGGCAAGGAAUCGGCAAAGAGCGACGUCCAAAGUCCCGAGUCAAGCAUAUCCGACACCUUCUCCCGCAACGAUGACAGUUUGAGCUCCAAGUUUUCCGACUCGUCGCUAUCCAGGCCUUACAGCAAAUACUCCUCGGACUCUUCGUACUCGAAAUACGCGCUGACGCCGGAUCCGAUCAAAAUCGAUAAGAAACCAGCGCAGCCGCGUAGGAUCUCGCGGUUCCUACGACCCGACUUUUUCGACGCGUCCAAACAGGAUAACGUUCUGCUCAAGGAGAAGAAGGAGCGCGAGAUGGAGACCCAGAAAGUGCUCAAGGAGAUCAGGGACAAGCGGAAAGGUAGACUUAGGUCGGCUUCGCGCGAAAAAUGUAAAGAAACGCCCUGCGAAGGGAUCCACGACUACGUCAAUGUGGCCGCCGAGGACGACGGAAACGCCGAUAAAACGAGCAAAGAUUUGCUCAACAGCGCCAAGGCCAUACACGAUUACGUGAACGUCAAGGUCGCGGAGAGUAGCGCGCCCGCUCAGAAAAAGGAACGUACGUCGCGCAUCGCCAGACCGAAGAGUUACCCCGCGGAGGGCGGCGACGCGAAACCGGCAAAAGCCGAGCCGAAAUCGGACAAGGACAAAGAGUCGAAAAUCGGCAGACUUAAGAAAGGUUUCGCGAAAAACCGAGAGAAACAGACGAAGGACGACAAGAACGAAGCGAACCAUAUUAUAAACGACAGCGAAAAGGGUGGUCACAAGAACAAACUGCUGCAGUCGAUCGAGAAGAAACUCGAAAAGUUCCGGUCGAGUAAUAUCGCGGCCACCAAAGACCCGGACGAGGCCAAGGCGCUGCUGGAUAAAAAGUCGAUGGUUGAGAGCGCGAUCAGCAGGCUGAGGGAGCAGAGUCUGCCGCGUAACCUGGAGCCGUGCACCGAGAGCGGUCUGAUCAAGAGGGCGGUGUCGGUCGAAGACCUGCCCGGAUCCAAACCGCUGCAGACGUCGAAGAAGUCGGUGACGAAAAUCCUAGGCCUGUUCAAAAAGUACGAGGAGCAGGACAAGAAGAAGGAGAAGCCCGAGAAAAAGUCGAAACAGGCGAAAAAUGUGCAAUCGGAUAACAACGGUUUGAAUGGGGCGGAGAAAAGGGAACGCCCCCGCUCGUUGCUCUUGGAUAAGAUGAAGCAUUUUCAAAGCGCCGCCUACAACGGGGCGAAAAGCGACAGCGUGCUCGACGCCUCGAGCGAUACCCAGAAAACCAAGUCCAAGCUUCCCGUCAAUUCGUUUAGACGCAGUUUGAAUCUCGAGAACGUAUCCGAACCGGUGGUCAAGUCUGAUCGUCAAAAUCUCAUGUUGGAUCUGAAAAAGAGCGCGACUACGACGGAACCCGUAGCCGGCACUAGCAACGAGAAUCGUAAUUCGUUGACUACGACGGACGAUAGUUCGACGCUGCUGUCGCCUACCGACGGAUACAUGAGUUGCGACUCGUGGUCCGCGUGUUCCGAUUUUCACCACCUGAACGAUUUACAUUCCCCGACGUCGCACAACGGCCACGCCCCGUACUCCGGCGACGAAGGCGAGUCGGUAAUCGACCGGAUACGCCGGAAGAGUUUUUACACGAGGUUUAACGAGCGAAAACGGCCGACUAGGAAACCCAGCUUGCAGAAUUAUAAGGAUUUGGACUUGUACAGGCCCGACUACGGGCACAAGCACGGCUACGGAAAGUCCGACUACAGCUCCUUGGACGGCUACAAAUCACCAGUUCCUAAAAGAAGCAGUUUUUCAUCAUUCAUACCUGAACCCAGCGUUGUCAAUAUCAUCCCGUCCGGCACGUCUAGGGAGUACAAACCGUACGGGAGGAGCGCGUCCGUAUUGAACGAUUACGUCAACGUUCCUGGUUCCUACCAAACUUUCAGUAGCAGAAUUGGCAGACCUUCUUCGACCAGGGGUUUGUACUCCGAUUCCGAGUCUCAUGCGUUGGAUGAUUUACGCGCAACUGCUAUACCAAGAAGACACAGUCCAUUUUCUCAUCACUCCGCGUUAAGCAGAGGAUCAGUUUCGCCAGUGGGUGAGCAAUAUUUCGUCGACGGACCUACGACCUCCAUGCUAUCUCCGACAACUUCCGAGCCGGUAUAACUUCGUCCAGUGCCAUCGCGGACAAAGUCUUCAGAGAUCUCACCAAUUUAACAGAAACCAACUCGAAAUGCAAUUUCAAGAUGACGAUCGUGAUCGCGUCCCCACUUAAAGUCUGUGACUGUCAAUUAUUUCUGAAAGCAAUGCUACUACACCUAGUAACAGUUAUCGUAUUUAUUUUAUAUAUAUUUUAAUGGGUUACCAUAGAUAAUUAAUUAUCGAUAAUGAUUAAUCUCACAAGAGACAGGUUUUGCUGAAAUUAAGGUUUAUUUCACAAUAUACAGUCGAGGUAGCAAACGCGCAUGCGUCAAACUGUUGAACUUGUAAAUGUUGUUUUGCUUCAUUUUUUUUGUAAUAUUUAUUAUAUUAGAUUUUUUGAGAUUUUUAGAUAUAAACCACAGUGACAUAAAGUAUAGUUUAUUUAGUGGAAUCAUUGACCUCAUCGCGAGUACUAAGCAAAAAUUGGACGAACAACUUUGAAAAGUCGUACAGACAUCGUGAAGUCGCUCAAUUUUUGUCCGGACUCCCACCAGCACAUCAGAUUUCAUAAAACGUAGUUGUAAGUGUUACUAAACAGGAAUUCUUUAAGGAAAUUGUUAAAGUUUUUCGACGAAUCUAUUAACAACAUUGUUACCACAUUUUAUUUAUUACAUUAUCGACUUGUAUCAUUUUGUUAAAUAUAUUGCGUUUACACGGGAUCCAUCGAAACUAUCACCAGGUUGAUUUUUGUGUGACUUGUUAGAGUUAUAUGUUAACUUUUGUGAUUUUAUAAAAGAACAAUA